AUGCCCGGAAAUGCGGGGCUCUGGGAUCAAGUUCAGGCACUGACCUAUAUCAAGGAAAAUAUCGCUGCGUUCGGUGGUGAUCCAGAACGGAUCACCAUUAUGGGUCAUAGUGCUGGAGGAGCCAGUGUUGGGGCGUUGUCGUUAUCACCACACUCCAACUGUAAGUCUUUUGAAACUUCUCGAGCUUUUGACACUCCAUUGGAAUGA